CAUUCUAGCCACCAGGAAAGAGUAGUGUGUGAUUAGGGGUGGGUGGACCCCUGUCCAUUCUCCGAGGGCAUCGCGGGCCAAAUCCGAGUUCCAAGUUAGGAACCAUGCCUGUGUUGCUCCCUUCCACCGACCGGGGCCAGGACUCGCGCGUUGGGGCUCCAGAAUGGCGCCAGGCGGCCAAGGCCACGUCUCGCAAGGCACACCUUCUGACCGAUCGCUGUGGUCAGGAGGCAGUGACCAUGUGGCAGCCCAAGGACAGUGUGCUGGACCCGAACGUGGCGCACCACCUGGGCCGCGCCGCCUACAUGGAACCCUGGCGCUUUCGGGUAGAGAUGCUCAAAGGGGGCGGCACCCUGGAAAAGCCACCGCCGGGCGAAGGCGUCACGCUAUGGAAAGGGAAGAUGAAGCCCCCGGCCUGGUACGCACGCCUACCGCUACCUAUGCACCGCGACGCGCGUGCUCAACAAACCGCCGAGGUGGUGCACGCGCACGCGCGCGGGGCGCGCCUCACCGCCGCCCGCCUGGGCCGUGCGCAGCACCAGAUCAAUGGGCAGCUGCGGCUGCUGCUGCGCCAGCGCGAGGCCACUGAUCGCAAGCUCAGCGAGGUGCGCAAGGGCCUGCUCAUCAAUCAGCAGAGCGUCAAGUUGCGGGGCUACCGACCCAAGUCUGAGAAGAUCCCAGACAAGGCUGACAGCAUGCUUGUCUGGGAGAAAGAGGAACUGAAGUCUAUGAAGAGAAAAAUGGAGAAAGAUAUGGAAAAAUCGGAGGCCUUGCUCAAGGCUCUGGCCUCCUGCAGGGACACACUGGACUUCUACUGUCAGGAAAGGCUGCAAGCUGUGGGACUCAUGAACCAGCCAUUGGACAAGGUUCUGGAGCAGGCUGGCCGCCACUCGUGGGUAGACAUCACCCGACCCCCAACUCCUCGAACUCAGGGCUUGAAAACGCCUCCUCCUGACCCCAUUGGCACAUACACCCCAGCCUGCGCUAAGGCCUUGUUUGAAGCCAAGCGCUUGUUGAUGGAGUCCAAGGACAUCUUAACAGAGAUGGCAAAGAACGAGGUGGACAUUCAAAAUCAGCAACAGCAGAUAAGCGACCGUGUAUGCACCUCGCUGGCACAGAAGAUGCGUGAGACCUUGGAGUUGAAGGAAAGAAUGACCAUGACUUUAGGGCUAAUGAGGGGGACUAUCCACCGGUGCAUGAAAUUCAAUCAAGAGAUGUACGUCACGCGGGGCAUCAUCAAGGGUCCUCUGUUAAAAAGAAACCUGGAGGCGCGAGAAAAACUGAACAGACCCUUGGUUCGAAUGUAUCAGAGACACGUGGGCACCCAGCUCCCGGAGGCCACUCGCCUUGCCCAGGGUACUGACCUGCUGACCCGCCACAACUUGCACAUGGAAAAGAACUUAAAAGAGCUCCGUACAACACACGACGACCUCGCCUGGAGCCUCAACUGCAAAAAGAUAGGGCAUGAUGUGGACUACGAUGUGGUGCGUCUGCGCCUGCGCCAGCGCCACCCGCAUGUGUGCUAUGAGCAGGCGCAGCGCCUGGUCAACGACUGGGACCCUCGCACACCACAGCGCAGACAAACCAAUACCGUCUCCAAGUGACCACAGCUAGCCUUGGCCUUGGGCGGCAGGAGCGGAUGCCCCCAAAUACAUGGCCCGCCCUCCCCUCUGACUAAUCUUCCCGCCAAACAGCAGAACUAUAAUUAAAAUAUAUUGUCAUUAU